CUGAUUUUAAAAGGACACUGAGCGGGAGGAAGUCUACUGGCGCCAUCUUGACUCUUUUCAUGAGUACAACAGGAAGAGACAAUCGCUGGGAGUAAUUGCAUAAUCAUUGAUAUUUAUUUUGAAAGGGGGGGUACAAUCGGUGCUCUUACCCCCGGUUCUUCAAGAGCUAGCAACCAACCGGGGCAAUGUUCUACGCCCACUUUGUCCUGUCCAAACGUGGGCCUCUGGCCAAGAUCUGGCUAGCGGCCCACUGGGACAAGAAGCUGACCAAGGCUCAUGUGUUUGAAUGUAACCUAGAGAGCAGUGUGGAGAGCAUUAUCUGCCCCAAGGUGAAGAUGGCGCUGAGGACCUCAGGUCACCUCCUGCUCGGUGUGGUGAGGAUCUACAACAGGAAGGCCAAGUACCUCCUGGCUGACUGUAAUGAAGCCUUCAUUAAGAUCAAGAUGGCUUUCAGACCAGGUGUGGUGGACCUGCCGGAGGAGAACAGAGAGGCUGCCUACAACGCCAUCACUCUGCCUGAGGAUUUCCACGACUUUGACCAACCCUUACCUGACCUUGACGACAUAGACGUCGCCCAGCAGUUCACCCUGAACCAGAGCAGAGUGGAGGAGAUCACCAUGAGGGAGGAGGUGGGGAACCUCAGCCUCAUGCAGGACAAUGACUUUGCCGACUUUGGCAUGGAUGACCGUGAGAUGCUGAGGGUCGAGGGAGGCUUUGAAGAGGACAUCAUCCAUGGAGCGACCGCCUCUAAUCUGCUGCUGGAGGCAGAGCCUGGGCCUGCUCACCUGCCGGACAAGCCCAACCACCUGGAGUACGACGACUUUGGAGACACCAUGGAGAACAACGAAGGAGGAAUGCUGGUGGAUAAACUACUGUCCCAGGAGGAUGGGGGCGGUAUAUUUGACGACCCUCCAGCCAUCACAGAGAGCGUGAUUCCCCCAGACCAUGGAGACGAUGAGGACGACUUCGACAACCUACAGUCACCGGGUCCAGACAGUCCCGACUCCGGGCCAGUCGAGCCCCUGCCGGCCAUGCAGGACCAGACGGAACAGACCACUCUGGUCCACAAUGAGGAGGAGGCUUUCGCCUUGGAGCCCAUCGACAUCACUGUGAAAGAGACCAAGGCGAAGAGAAAGAGGAAGCUGAUUGUCGACAACCUGAAAGAGCUGGACAGUAAGUCGAUCCGCGCCCAGCUCAGCGACUACUCGGACAUCGUGACCACGUUGGACCUGGCCCCUCCCACCAAGAAGCUGAUGAUGUGGAAGGAGACAGGAGGGGUGGAGAAACUCUUCUCUCUCCCAGCACAGCCGCUCUGGAACAGCAAACUGUUGAAGAUGUUCACGCGCUGCCUGACUCCCCUGGUGCCCGACGAGAUGAGGAAGAGGAGGAAGGGAGGAGAGGCUGACAGUCUGGAUGAGUUCCUGAAGGACCUGGAGAACCCCGAGGUGCCCAGAGAGGAGGCUUUGUCUGGCAGGGACGUUAUUGACCAGACCAUCAUGGAGGAACCCAGUAUGCUGCAGGCCUCAGCCAUGGAGGGGAGUAGGACCACCCUGGAUGAGUCUGUCAUGCCACCACCGUCCACCCCACACGGACUCAAACACAAGGAGGCUGGCCUGCCUAUGGGAGCCCAGGAGCCUCAGACUGAUCUCUCAGUCCUAUCCAUGGCCCAGGUAGACCUGCCCCAGGUAGACCUGCCCCAGGUAGACCUGCCCCCAGAGGAGAGCCUCAACCUCACACAGCUGGUCCCUGAGCUGGACCUGCUGGACAAGGAGAAGAAGGACAAGGAUGACAGCGAUGAGGAGGAGGAGGAGGGUGAUCCAACUCAGGACCAGGAGGAGAAGAGGUGGAACAAGAGGACCCAGCAGAUGCUGCAUGGCCUUCAGCGAGUCAUGGCCAAGACGGGAGCCGAGCAGGUCAGCUUGUUGGCGCUGUGCCGAGACAACAACAAGAAGCAGGCGGCCGCCAAGUUCUACAGCUUCCUGGUUCUGAAGAAACAGCAGGCCAUCGAGCUCAACCAGACCGAGCCUUACAGUGACAUCAUCGCUACAGCCGGACCAAGAUUCCACCUGGUUUAGACACUGGCUGAGGGCCAAAUGGCACUAGUUCCUAUACAGCGCCCUACUUUUGACCAGAGCCUCCUAGGGUUCUGGGCCAAAGUAGUGCACUAUAUAGGGAAUAUGGUGCCAUUUGGAAAUGUCUUUUUUUCACUAUUUUUAUGUAUGUUUUAGAGUUUUUUUUUUUCCAUUUGUUUGUUGGGGGGGGUGGGGGGGUCCUAAAUGCUAACUUUGAAAAGGAUUGUACUGUAUCUACCACCAACUGAAUCAUGCAGUAUUGUUUUUUUUAAGUGAGAAAUGCAUUUAUCCAGUAUAUUUAUAUUUCCUAUCAAUUUUUUAUUUUAUUUUUCUCUCAUUUUGUAAAGCUUUCCGACCACACUAGUUGUUUUGUUUUGGGGGGGGGGUGCGGCGCAUGUAACAAUGCAUGUCCCACUGCUCUGUAAUGGUCAAAUUCAUCAAAAGAUGCAUCAAAUUUUAGUCUCCAAUCAAGAAUUCCCCACCCAAAAAAUUGUGCAAGAACAUUUUGUCUUUCAUGUUACAUACAUGCUGUUUACAGGUACUGUUAUAUCAUGAGAGAAAUGGAAUAAGUGCUCUUCACCUCGAGUUCUUCCUCAUUGCACUUGACAUAAAAUCCUGGUUUUCAUUUUUGUUUUGUUUUUACAGGUUGUUAUUUCUGUUGAUAAAUUGGCUAUAUUACGACUAGCAUUGAAUUGUAUUGUUUAGGUGUAUAAUAAUGCCCAUUUAUUCACGUUGCGUUUUGUACCUCCACAGCUAUUUUAGUUUGUUGUUGCAUAAAGUAACUAGACGCUUGUACAUGUUUCAAUGAAAAGUUGAUGAUCCCAUGGUUUUAAGUCUUAUGGUUAACUAGCUGUUGUGAUACUUCUGUAAAAAAUGUGAAAUAAAAGUGUUUUAAUAACUUGG